CAUCAAGCUUCCACUCUAAUUACCCCGCCCCCACCAACAAAUCUACCAGCUCGCUGACAUCUCCAACUCCCCCACUACGCAACAAGCAACCCAAAUACCACGAAACUCACCUCCUCCCCCCACCGACACCAUGAUACCCGAAAUGCAAUACCGCUUCGUCGGACGCUCCGGCCUGCAAGUCAGCGCAAUCUCGCUGGGCGGCUGGAUAACCUACGGCGGUAACAUCAACGACGAGGCUACAUUCUCCUGCCUCAAAGCUGCCUACGACGCGGGCAUCAAUUUCUUUGACUGCGCAGAAGGGUAUCAGAAUGGCGAGUCAGAGCAGGUGAUUGGGCGCGCGAUCAGGCACUUUGGGUGGCGGCGGAAUGAUCUGGUCAUCUCGACGAAGAUCAACUGGGGCGCCGCAAACUCCGCUCACGUCGGCAGCCCCCGCGCGAAAGUAAACAAUCUGGGUCUCUCGCGGAAGCAUCUGAUCGAGGGGACCGAAGCGUCGCUGCAGCGCCUGCAGCUCUCUUACGUGGACAUCCUCUACGCGCACCGGCCCGACCGACAGACCCCCAUCGAGGAAACCGUCCGUGCAAUGAACUUUCUCAUCAACAGUGGCAAAGUCUUAUACUGGGGGACGUCGGAAUGGCUCGCCAGCGAGGUGGAAGAGGCAUGGGCGGUGGCAGACCGGUUGGGGCUCAUUGGCCCGAUCGUCGAGCAGCCGGGAUACUCGCUAUUGAGGAGGGAGAAAGUCGAUGGCGAGUUCAAGAACGCGGGGCUAUAUCGUAGGAGAGGGCUUGGGCUGACGAUAUUCAGUCCGCUGGCGGGCGGAUUGUUGACUGGGAAGUACAUCGAUGGGAUACCGGAGGAUAGUCGGCUGAAGACGAGCGAUGAGCAUGCUGUGCAGAUGAUACUGAAGAAGAAAGAGACGCCUCUGUGGGACGAGGAGCAGAGCAAGAUUAAGAAGCUGAUGGAGGUUGCGGAGAGACUUGGAACAAAUGUUGCGACGCUAUCGAUGGCGUGGGUACUCGCCAACGAGAAUGUUGCCAGCGCGAUCACAGGAGCGAGUCGGCCAGAACAGAUCUGGCAGACGGUGCAUGCGGUGGAGAUUUACAGACGACUGACGUCUGACAUCUUACAGGAGAUUGAGACGAUAUUUGGGAACAAGCCAGAGGAGGUGACAAAAAGGUUUGGGUAGAUUGC